AUGAAAGUAUCUACCAUUGGACUGAUUUGUUUGUUUGGCUUUUUGAUUCAAAUUAAUUCUGUUGUUUCAAAAUUGAAUUUAGAAGAUACUGCAUUCAAAAAUCAGUUAAAUGAUUAUGAUGUUAAAAAGAAAGUUAUAUUAACACCGGAUGCUCCAAAACCCAUAGGACCCUACAAUCAAGCUGUUCAAAUUAAUUACAUGAUUUAUUUAAGUGGCCAGAUUGGAAUUAACCCAGCAACAGGUCAACUUGUAUCAGACGACGUCCGAAAUCAAACGCAACAAGCAUUUAUUAAUAUUAAAGCUGUCUUAAAUGCAGCUGGAGCUGAUUUAAAUCAGAUAGCACGAUGUCUUGUUCUAUUAACCGAUAUGAACGAUUUUCAAUCAGUAAAUCAAAUCUAUGCAUCCUUCUUCCCUUCACCAGAAGAUUAUCCUGCUCGCUCGACUGUUGCGGUUAAAACGUUACCAGCUAAUGCUAAAGUGGAAAUUGAAUGUACUGCUUAUACAAUAAAGGAAUAA